AUGCUCCACGCCUAUCAACUACAAGGAUUCAUCCAAUUGAAGUUUACAGGCUCGUCAAAUAUUCAAUUCGGAAGACGUUCAAUCCGAGAAGUUGAAAAACCGGCGGAUCGAUGAUUCACUGCUUUUGAUGGUGGCGAUUGGAAAGAAUUUGACAAUUAACAAUGAGCUCGAUUAACAAGAAAACCAAAAUUCGACGCGGAGACGUAUAUACUGUGCCCUGAAAGAGUUACGAAUCGCUUCGGGCCGAUUACGAUCGUUACACAGUGGUCAUUCCGGAACUGAACGAAAAGCACCCGAUCGAUCAGCUCAUCUCGUUCUUCGACCGUUUCAACGUGGACAUUCGUCGCGAGGACGAGUUCACCCGAUGUUUGGCGUGCAACUCUCGACUUUUGGUCAAGAUUCCCAGCCCAGUCCUUCAUUUUCUUCAUCAGUACUGUGUCAUCCACGUACAAAAUGUUUAUCGGGUGGACAUGUAUCAAUUCCCCUUAGAAGGCGAGUCCAGACACGCGAACAAAAAGAAACCCGUUUGUUAUAGACUGGUGGAAUGAGAUGCUGGACAUUGAUCCGAGAGAUUACGAUGGUGUCAAAGUGGAAAUGAGCCGUCCAACGCCUGAGAGCAAUUGGAUUGUGGCCACGGUCCCCACCGGAUGUCUUCAUAUCACGUAA